GUGUACACACUGUUUCUAGUUUCGUUGUAUUAUUUCAGCGAAAAAUUCAUCAUCUCAAUAUCGGGCGUAUAUUUUUUGUUGUUAUUUUUUAUUCAAUAAUAACUCAAAACAAAGUAACGAACGUCAGAUGCAGUAAUUCAUACGCUAAAAAUCAAAUUUAGUGCCACGGAUCACAAUUGCUAGCGGAGUGCUCAAAUCUAAAUCGAGUAAAAGCUGCACAGCUCUGCCCACUGACCCAAGGUACAGGCCAACAACAGAGAGGUGAAGAGGUCGCCUGGAGCAGUUAUUAACCAACACUGCAAUGGCACUGGACAGCGUCACGCAAACGAUGACGGGCAGCAAUGCGCUGACAUCAUCCUUUACGACGAAAAAGAAGGAUGCCGCCGCAGCCGACAAGGAGAAUCUCUGGUCUGCGAUAUUGAAUGAAGUACAAACACAGGGCAGCACAAAACUACCGUCAAAUAAAUCUGUACUAGUAUUAGGCGACAAUGCCACGGGUAAGACGACGCUCAUUGCCAAGCUGCAGGGCGUUGAGGAUCCGAAGAAGGGCUCCGGCCUGGAGUAUGCCUAUAUUGAUGUCAAGGAUGAGUACAGAGACGACAUGACGCGCCUGAGCGUUUGGGUCUUGGAUGGCGAUCCAGGACACACAAAUCUGCUGCACUAUGCGCUAAACGAAACGAACUAUGCACACACCCUCGUCAUACUAACAGUCUCGAUGACACAGCCAUGGGGCUGGCUCGAGCAGCUCAAUCAAUGGAUCAAGGUGCUUGCCCAGCACAUUGAGAGCCUGCAAUUAGAUCCCAAAGAGAAGGAGGCGGCACGCCAGCGCCUCGCAACGACGUGGCAGAGCUACUGUGAGGUUGGCGAUGAUUUGGAUCCCGGUUCGCCGGUUAAACGCACCAUGCACAACAAUUCAAUUGAUGAGGAUGAUCUGUUGCCGCUGACAGAGGACGCACUAAUUACAAACCUGGGCCUGGACAUUGUUGUUGUGGUCACAAAGACGGACUACAUGUCAACGCUGGAGAAGGAGUACGAGUACCGCGACGAGCAUUUCGAUUUCAUACAGCAAUGGAUACGAAACUUUUGUCUGCGGCACGGCACCUCACUCUUUUACACAAGCGUGAAAGAGGACAAAAACUGUGAUCUCCUUUAUAAAUAUCUAACGCAUCGAAUUUAUGGUCUACCAUUCCGUACGCCAGCGCUAGUCGUGGAAAAGGAUGCGGUCCUCAUUCCGGCUGGCUGGGAUAGCCUCAAGAAAAUAAGUAUUCUGUAUGAGAACAUGCAUGCGGUCAAGGCCGAGAAUCAUUACACAGAUAUUAUCAAGGCGCCGCCCACACGAAAGGCCGUUUCCAAUCGUGAAACGGAGGUGCAGACCGAGGACGAGCAGGCCUUCCUGGCACGCCAGCAGGAGAUACUCAAGCAGGGCGGCCAGGUGCGCGGUGAAUCGCCGUUGCGAUCGCAGGGCGCCAGCUCUGGCGGCAAUAAAACCGGACCACGCACACCCGGCAGCGCCGGUCAGAGCUCACCCAAAAAGAUUGAUCCCAAGCUGACGCCUGCAACGCCUGGCGGCGAGGGUGUGCUGGCAAAUUUCUUUAACUCGCUGCUACACAAAAAGUCGGGCGGACCAGCUGGUGGACCGGCGGGCGCAGCCAGUCCAGGUGGCGGCAUGGGCACACCACGCACAUCUAAUGGCACCGAUUCGCUUAUGACGGCCGAGAAGCUAGCCGUGCGCUCAGAUGCGGCUGCCGAGCUGGAUCGGUUGGCGCGUAGCGUUAAAAAGGACAUUGAUCUGUCCCAAAUCAAGCGAAAUGAUGUACUCAAGAGCCAUCGCUACAAUAAGGCCCAAUAUCCAGCAAAUUUUUGAGAGAUACCUAUAUACAUAAAGAUAUAUGCAUUAUAAUGAAAAGACGAUACAUACAUUCACUUGAUCACUACCCACUCAGCCGAAUUGGUUUUGAUUGAAUUUUUUUUUUUUUUUAUAUAUUUUUAUGUUAUAAAUCAUUUUGUGUACCACAAGUAUCAAAUGUACAACUUGGACAAAUUGUAACAGUUUAACGCAGCGAGUAGGGACAAUGUAUGUACUUUUGUAUGUUUGGCCGGAAUAAAAAGAAAAUGUGCUUAAAA